GUGCCGGGCUGAGUGAUCACUGCUCGUCACAACAACACUUCCACGUAGCCGAACAACACCAGCAACAUAAGAUGCCACCCAAAGCGGACUGGGAGAAAUAUGAGCGCAAGCUUGAUGAGAAGGAGGAGAAGAUCGUCGCGCUUGACGAGUCCGAUAUUCAAAUCCUUAAGACCUACGGCCAGGGACCUUACUCCAUUGCGCUCAAGAACAUUGAGAAGGAGCUGAAGGAGAUUCAGAAGCGCGUCGAUGAGAAGAUGGGCGUCAAGGAGUCGGAUACUGGUCUCGCACCUGCAAACCUCUGGGACACGACGGCCGACAAGCAGCGCCAGGGCGAGCACCCACUGCAGGUCGCGCGUUGCCAGACGAUUAUCCGUGCCACCAACCCUCAACCCCAGAUGGCCCUCAAUCCCCAGGACGGCGCCGGUGCCGGUAACCCCGACGGAGACCGAUAUGUGAUCUCGAUCAAGCAGGUCGCCAAGUUUGUGGUAGGCCUCGGCGAUCAGGUGUCCCCCACCGAUGUCGAGGAGGGCAUGCGCGUCGGCGUUGACCGCACCAACUACAAGAUCUUGAUUCCACUGCCACCCAAGAUUGACCCUUCGGUGACGAUGAUGCAGGUCGAGGAGCGCCCUUCAGUUACAUACGCCGACGUGGGAGGGUGCAAGGAGCAGAUCGAGAAGCUGCGAGAGGUUGUCGAGCUCCCCCUGUUGGAACCUGAGCGCUUUGCCAACCUGGGUAUCGAGCCGCCAAAGGGCGUGUUGCUCUACGGUCCGCCGGGAACGGGCAAGACGCUGUGUGCGCGUGCCGUGGCGAACAGGACAGACUCAACAUUCAUCCGCGUCAUUGGAUCGGAGCUGGUGCAAAAGUACAUUGGCGAGGGUGCGCGCAUGGUGCGCGAGCUGUUCGAAAUGGCGCGCUCGAAGAAGGCGUGCAUCAUCUUCUUCGACGAGGUCGACGCAAUCGGGGGAGCGCGCUUUGACGAUGGCGCAGGCGGUGACAACGAGGUGCAGCGCACUAUGCUGGAACUCAUCAACCAGCUCGAUGGUUUCGACGCGCGUGGUAAUAUCAAGGUCAUCAUGGCGACCAACCGUCCUGACACGCUUGACCCUGCGCUGCUGCGUCCUGGGCGACUGGACCGCAAGGUCGAGUUCAGCUUGCCAGAUGUUGAGGGGCGCGCGCACAUUCUCAAGAUUCAUGGCAAGAGCAUGAGCGUUGAGCGCGACAUCCGUUACGACCUCAUCGCUCGUCUCUGCCCCAACGCAACCGGUGCUGAGCUCAAGGCUGUCGCAACGGAGGCGGGCAUGUUUGCGAUUCGCGCACGCCGGAAGGUUGCAACGGAGCGCGACUUCCUUGACGCCGUGGAGAAGGUUAUUCGCCAGGGUACAAAGUUCUCUAGUACCGCGCUGUAUGCGCAGUACAACUAGUGUAUGCAUAGAAGAUGUAAGCAGCGAGCAUGAGAGAAUGGGAAC